AUGUCGGAAGACACCCGAGCCAACGCUCUCCGCCUGGGGUCAAUUGCCCCAAACUUCCAAGCCGAAACUACCAUCGGCCCUAUUGACUUUCAUGAGUGGGCGGGUAGUGACUGGGUGAUUCUGUUCUCUCACCCAGAGGAUUACACCCCGGUAUGCACUACCGAACUGGCGGCGCUGGCCAAAUACGAGCCCGAGUUCACCAAACGCCACGUCAAGCUGAUAGGUCUCUCGGCCAACUCUAUCCAAUCACACGAUGGCUGGAUCAAUGACAUUGCCGAGAUAGCGGGGUGUCCUUUGACCUUUCCCGUUAUCGGUGACGAGGACCGCCAGAUUGCUUAUGCCUAUGACAUGCUGGAUCACCAAGAUCUCACCAAUGUAGACGCCAGGGGCAUCGCUUAUACCAUCCGCUCCGUCUUCAUCAUCGACCCUAACAAGGUCAUCAGGAUGCUUCAGUGCUACCCCGCUUCUACGGGCCGUAAUACUGAGGAGCUGCUCCGUGUGGUUGACUCUUUACUCGCUACCGACAAGCAUGCCAUCAAUACACCCGUCAACUGGGUGCCUGGUGAAGAUGUGGUGGUCCCUGCCAGUGUCAAUGACCAGGAUGCCAAAGCUCGUUUCCCAGUUAUGAAAUUGAUCAAGCCGUACUUGCGGUUCACCCCGUUGCCAAAGGAAUAA